AUGAACAGAGGUAACUUGAAUGAAAAUGAAAAAAUAUUUGACGGCAUUCAUUCUAACGUUGAAUCUCUACUUUACUCUUGCCUCUCCUAUAAGAACAAAAUUACGAUUUUUCUAUCUAAUUCUAUAGCCACAAUGAAUUGCUUUUACCGCAUACUGGAACAGGACGUCAGAGAAAUUAAGAAAAGCAGGGAAAGUCCAACAAUGGCAUUUAACCCUUUAACUAUCAAUAUAUUUUCCUUAAACAGUCAUAUGAGAAAAAUGUUUAUAAAUGUGCAGAACGAAUUGAAAUAUUUUGAUUCUAGCGUGGUACACUCACUAAUUCAAUUAAAGACAAUGUGUGGAAAAAUUAAAAAAACAAUUAAUCACAAGGAGAGAAUGGAAAGGAAAUUAGGCUCUUUGGAACAUGAAUUAAGUUUAUACAUUAAUUACAAGGAUGUAAACAUGGGUUCACACCAAAGGGUUGAAAAACAUCGUCAAAGAACAAUAAAUAGAAUUUCCAAAUAUAAUGCUAGACAAAAAACAUUGAGCAAAGUUUUAGAACAAAACUUGGAUGUCUUUCAACAAAUGUUUAGGGAUUUUCUUGAUGUUUGGUUCAUAAAUUAUUAUUUUACUACUUUAAGAAUUGCAGCAACACUACACGGUUUUAGUUGGAAUUGUCCUGAGUUAAGGAAAAUUGGACUUUCUGGGUGUACUAAUGGCGUGAUUGACCAAAACCUUUCACCAAUUUCUAAGAGUAACAUAGUGGAAUGUUUCCAUGAAAAUCAAGACUUGGUGAUGGGUGAAAUAGAAAACUUAAAGAUAACAGAUUUUCUAAAUUUUAUGUAA